AUGACUGAAGUGACAGCCGCUUCCGUGACCGCCAUGGACGAUGAUAAGAGAAGAUCGUCCAAUAAAGACAGCGCUGAGGUUGGUAUGACUGGCGUUCCCGAUUUUAAGGAGGAUGCCAGCUGUUCAGAUGGCGAUGAGGCCCUCAAGUUGGCGGGAAUUCAUGCCCACCAGUUCGACGAAAAGUAUUAUCUUCGCCUGCGGCGGAAAAUUGACCUUCACAUCAUGCCUAUUCUCGUCUUUAUCUACUUCACCCAAUUCUUGGACAAGAACAUCCUUUCAUACGCAUCCAUAAUGGGAUUUCCAGUCACUGGCAUUUGGUAUAACGAUGUCGCUCAGGCGUUCUACAUGGGGUUCAUCGUCUGGAUGUUCCCUACUCAAUACAUAGGGCAAAAAUUCCCAAUCGCCAAAUACCUUGGUUGCCAUAUCACCCUAUGGGGUGUUCUUGUCAUGCUCCACGCCGUAUGCCACAAUUUCUCGGCCUUCUACGCCCUGCGAUUUUUUCUUGGUGUGCUCGAGGCGUGUGUGUCUCCCAGUCUUAUACUUAUAGUCACGAUGUGGUACAAGCAGAACGAGCGUGCCUCUCGCAUCGGCUGGUUCUACGUCGGUAACCUCAGCACAAAUCUUGUAGGAGGUGGCGUCGCAUACGGAGUCACCUUCUACAACGGCUCCAUCCAGCCGUGGAAGCUUCUAUACAUCGUCCUGGGUGCACUCGCAAUACUCAAUGGAAUCAUCGUUAUUCUUUUCCUUCCCGAUUCGCCAGUCAGCGCUCGUUUCCUGUCUGACCAGGAGAAGAUCGCGGCUCUUGAGCGCGUCCGUCUGGACCAAGCGGGCACUCACAAUAAACACAUUAAGAAAUACCAGAUUCUCGAGACUUUCAAAGAUAUUCGAACCUGGCUCAUGUUUGUCAUCAUCCUGUGCCUCGGCAUUCCGAGUGGCGGUAAUUCUGCCUUUAACAACAUUAUCACCAAGAGUUUUGGCUGGACCUCCCGUCAGUCCCUACUGCUAGAUAUGCCUCGUGCCGCUAUCGGUGGUGUUGCUGUCGUCGCUGUCGGCUGGCUUUCCGAUCGGAUCCAUGACCGCAUGACUCUAACCCUGCUUUUCACGCUUCCUACGCUCAUUGGCAUGAUCAUUAUGACAACUAUGCAAUACUCCGGCCAGAAGGGUGUGCUUCAAUUUGCGCAGCUAUUUCAGAACCUUUCUGCUCCCGGGUUUCCGCUCUGCUACGCCUGGAACGCGAGCAAUGUAGGUGGUCACACCAAAAAGGUCACUGUCAACGCUUUUACUUUGUUCACUUUUGGUGCUGGUUCCGUUGUUGGUACCUAUAUCUUCUUGCCUCAAGAUGCUCCUGGCUACAUCCCAGGCAAGGCGGCCAUCGUUGUUCUGACUGUGGUGAUGAUGUGCUGCUGUGCCGUGAUGGCCUAUAUCAAUAUACGGUGGAACAGGCAGAAGAAAGCUGAGCUAGAAAGGCUCAUUGCUGAAAACGGUUGGACAGAGGAGGAUGUGGAUCCCAAGCCCGUCACGCACUUCACUUUGUAG